UUGGGAAUUGCGGAUUCACAGAUUCUGAAUCCACAUGAAUCCUGUGAAUCCACAUUUCAAGAUUCGGAAUUGGGCUUCCAAGAGUGACCGCCAAAGAGGAAGCCACCAUACCAGAACCCUCAAAAGAACUACGGGUGACAUUGCAAACGCUUGGUUUCAGUAUGAUAUGAGGUGCUAAGUAGCGCGCACUCCUCGCCUUAAUGUCUUCCAGCAUCAGGCGCACAUCAUCUCGUUGACAAUGAAGCCAACCAAUGGAGGCCUACAGUGGUUGGGACUGCUCAUCCUGAUCGCUUCUAUACAAGCAUCCCAGGCAUCUUCACUAGUCUUGAACGACCCCGCUGGCCUCGAAGAGCUCAAUAGCGGUAUUUUGCGAAAAUCUACAUUGCAUGCUGUGGCUUUUCCUGACGUAUGGGAGAGCUUGGGUCCUUUCCCACAUGGUUCUAGAGAGCUCGGAAAUGAUCCUCUUAGCGCUUACGGUGGAUUUGAGAACUUGAGUUUUUCUUCCACGGAUAGAUAUCCCUCGGAGCUUGCCGAUGGAGGCUUCGUGCGAUGGCGUCAUGUGGAGACAGGGCCAGAUCAAACUGUACGGCUGUCAUAUCCGCAGAUACGGUGGGAGUUUAACCAAAGGCCAUUUGGUUGGGCUGCGUUGCAGCAUGCCUCAUAUUUCCGGGGCAAAUUCAACGUGCAUGAAGAAGGGAUUUAUUUGGUCGAAUUUUCAGGGGUGGUAUCUUUCAAGAUAGAUAACCGUGCAUUUACUGGCAAUGUAUAUGGAUACACGCAUGCGUCCCAUUCUAUUGUAUAUUUGUCCAAAGGCGAGCAUAUCUUAUAUGUGUACGCUGUCAUUGAUGUUCGUAUAUCAGGCGGUACGAUACCGCCGGAGCUUCGUUUUCGUGGAAGUCUUAAAAAAGCGGAAAUAAACCAAGAGAACCAUGGCCUUAUCCAUUUUGAGAACGAUGCAGUGAUCCCUGAAGUAAUGGGGACGGAACUUAUAUCGCCUUUUGCAUCAGUUGCUAUCAUGAACGCCAAUAUCACUACACCCGCGGAAAGACCCUUGACUCGGCAGCAAAGUCGUGAUAUGACCGGGUGGGUGCAAGUGACCAGCGUACACGCAACAUUAUCUGAUGGCACAGAAGUCAAUGCAACUCUUCCGGUGCAUUUUAGCAUCAAGAUAGCCCCUGGGCAAAUCAUGGCAGUUCCCUUGAAUUUGAGUAUAGGCGCUAUUCCUCCAGACCUCGCACCUUCUAUGAGAAUCGAGCUGGACUGCAUUAGGCUAGAUGACAACGAGCGCUUCUCGCUGCUAUUGGGCCCCUUCACUUUUCACAGACGACAAUGGAGCGAUGUCUACAAGAUAACCUUUCUGGACUAUGACUUUUCUGUUCAUUAUGCGAUGGCACGUCCACCUAAGAAGGCCUGCGCAGAUAGACAGACGAAAUGUCCGAUAGUCUUGGCGCUCCAUGGUGCGGGAGUAGAGGCAUCAUCGGAAUUCUGGACCAAUGCAUACCGACAACAGGAAAAUGCCUGGGUCUUAUACCCCACCGGCAGAACUCCAUGGGGGUUCGAUUGGCAUGGCCCAUCUUUUCGCAAUAUAGAGUAUGCAUUAGAUGCGUUGCACCUACUGCCUGGAGUUCCCGCCGAAAAACAAAAAAGCCUUGCCAUCAAUCGAAAUAAGCUUAUAUACGCUGGCCACAGUAAUGGAGCACAAGGAGCGUGGUGGCUCGCAAGUCAUUUUCCCGACAAAGCGCUGGCGGCGGUUCCUGCUUCGGGAUAUAUGAAAAUCCAAUUUUAUGCUCCAUAUUUUAUGCGUGUAGGCGAUUCAUAUGCGGAUCCUCUACUUCGUGGCAUAUUAGAUGCCAGCAUUGCUGAGCAUGACAUAGACUUAUAUGCAGCAAACAUGGGAGGGCUACCAGUGUUAGCACGUCAUGGAGCUCUCGAUGACAAUGUUCCUCCAUUGCAUUCUCGACGUUUGAUACGCCUUGGGAAUGAGUGGAAUCGAAACCCGAUAUCGUGGGAUUUAUCGGAGAUUCCCGCUCAGGGACACUGGUUUGAAGGAGUUGCAAACGAUAACACCAUGCAAGAGUUCAUCGACAAGCAUUUGAAUAUCACGGCGGAUCCUGAAUUGAGUCCUCCCCCGCUACCGGAGGCAUUCUCACUCAAUACACUCAACCCUGCGUCAACGGGAUCCAAGGGAGGAAUCCGGAUACUUCAACUAGAAGUGCCAUUUCGCCUUGGUACCAUCCGAGUCCAUCGCGUUCAAAAUCAGUGGCAUCUCAACACUAGUAAUAUUAGGCGAUUCGGGUUUGUGCGUGACCCCAGACAGGAAGGUAUAGAGAGCUGGUCCGUUGAUGGCACAGACUUCAAUAAGCCGCCGUCCGUAUCCGGACCAUCGUACGCAAGAUUGGAUCCGGACAGUUCUUGGAAGGAGGAAAACGAUCUUCUGUGGAUCAGCCAAGAGAGGCAUCCCAGCACGUACGGCCCCAUCUCCAGUGCACUGAACCAUCCAUUCAUCAUUGUCGUACCUUCAAACCCGGCACAAAACGAGGAUCUCUAUAGAGAGGCCGCACAACACAUUGCGCUCUCAUGGUACAUAUAUUCGCGGGGCGUGACUCAGAUCGUUCGGGAUAUAGACGUGCUAGACGGGAUUGCGGCGCGGUACAAUUUGAUUGUUCUCGGCGGACCUGCAGACAACGCUUAUACGCGAAGGAGGGAGAAUGAGGGUGGCGCUAAUAUGGUGAAAUUUCGACCGGCGGGGGGAUUUCAGAUAGAUAAACGCAAGUACGAAUCUCCUGGAACAGGCAUUAUCUUCCUCGCACCAAGUCCAAUUCGAACACGGGUGGCCGUCUUCAUUGCGGGGACCGACAAGGAUGGCAUUUUACGCGCUGCGUGGUCACUUCCCUUCCGAACUGGAUUACAGAUACCAGAUUAUCUCGUUGUAGGAGAUGAGUACGGCGAUCCGCAUACAGGAUGGACAGCGCGCGAUGGCGCCCCAUUUGGCGGUGCGGGUACAAAGGGCGCUGGUGGGGUGUUGGCGGCUGGAUACUGGAAUAACACCUGGGACUGGGAUCCUAGAUGUGGUUAUCUCAAAUGAGCUGAAUCAAAGUUUCGCUGCCUGGAAUUGUAACUAUGAAUAUAAGGUCCAUGAUAUCUGCGUA